AUGUACUGCGCGUGCGGGAGCUUGGGCGAGGCGAGGGCAGUGUUCCAUGGGAUCGCGCAGCCAAACACAGUGUCGUGGAAUAUCCUGGCCGCGGCGUGCGCGCAAGCGGGAGAGAUCUCCGAAUCGCGCGCCCUCUUCGACAGCAAUCCCAGGCGAGACGUGGUGUCGUGGAAUUCGCUGUGCCGCGCGUAUGCCUCGGGCGGACAAUGCCACCACGCAGCGGAGGUGAUCCACAGGAUGCCAAUGCACGAUGCCGUGUCCUGGAAUUCAUGGAUCUCGCUCCACGCCCAGGCCGGAGACGUCGCGCGAGUGAAGCUCCUGUUCGAUGCGGCUCCCCAGCGCAGCCAUGUCUCGUGGAACCUCGUCAUCAAGACGUGCGCCCAAGGGGGGCAUACCCGCGGCGCCAAAGACGUGUUCGAUCGCGCGCCAGGAUGGGACAAUGUCUGUUGGAUCAGUAUGAUCCUUGCAGCGUCCGAAGAGGGGCAACUCGCCCAAUCAAAAUCUCUCUUCGACUCCAUGCCUGAGAGGGAUCCCCAGGUGUGGAACACCAUGAUCACUGCAUAUACCCAAACCGGGCAUUUUGCGAAAGGCAAGGAACUCUACGAAAGGAUGCCAUUGCAAGACACAGUCUCCAGCACCGCACUCCUGGCGGCAUAUUCGCAGAGCAGCAGCGUCCAGGAUGCGCAGCAGCUGUUCCACUCACUGCCGUACAAAGACGGGGUGACGUGGACGACGAUGCUGACGGCAUUUGCCCAGAACGGGGAAAUCUGUCUCGCAGAGGAGCUGUAUCGAAGGAUGCCGCAGUGGGACGUGGUGUCGUGGACGGCCAUGAUGUGGGGUUUUGCAGCAAAUGGCGAUCCCGGACGUGCAAAGGAAAUGUUCGAUUGGAUGCCUCAGCGGAACCUUGUGUCGUGGAACUCGAUCCUUUCCGCUUUUGCGCAGCAGGGGGAGUUUGAACACGCGACGCUUCUCUUUGAUGAGAUGCCCUUGAGGGAUGCAUUGACAUGGACGGCCAUGAUUGCGGCACACGCGCAGCACGGCCAUCUCGGCCAGGCAAAGGCCUUCUUUUCCAAAAUGCCACUGCACCACGCACUGUCGCUCAAGUCGAUGUGCCAGGCGUACGCUUCGGCCGGAGAGACUGGCAACGCCAAGCGAAUGUUCGAUUCCAUCCCCGAGCGCGAUGCCUUCGUGUGGAACACGAUGAUUGGCGCAUUCGCGUGGUGCGGCGAGAGGCUGGCCGAGGCAAGAUCCGCCUUCGAGCUGAUGCCGUGUCGGAACAUCGUGUCGUGGAACACAAUCGUGAGGAGCUACGCCACUUCGGGCGCCGCCCUCGAUCAAACCAAGCUCCUCUUCGACUGGAUGCCCGAGAGAGACGAGAUCUCCUGGGCGAUCUUGCUGGGAGCCUACUCCGACCACGCAUGCCUCGCCCAGGCGAAGUCCCUGUUUGAUGCCAUGCCCAAGAGCGACGUCGUCCCGUGGAACAUCAUCAUCACCGCAUAUUCCCACUCCCGCCAGCCGGACGACGCCCGCCGUGCGUUUGAAAAGAUUCCCGCGCGGGCGCCUGCCACCUGGACGGCCAUGAUUGCCGGGAGCGCCCAGAACGGGGAUCUCCCCGCUGCCAAGCGGCUCUUCGACGGCUCCCCGGAACGCACGCUCGUAUCAUGGAACGCGAUGCUUGGGGCGUACGGGGGAUCCGGGAAUCAUACGAAUCUCCUGGAGCAAGUGUUCGGAAAGAUGGCCGCGAGGGACAGCGUUUCGUGGACGACGCUUGUGACGGCAUUUGCACGGAGAGGGCGGAUGGACCAAGCGGCGGAUGCCCUGGGAAAGAUGCCCAAGGAGGACACCGCGGCGUGGAACUCGUUGCUCCAUGGAUAUGCCCAGAGUGGGGAUCUGGAAGCAUAUGCCCAAAACGGGCAUCACCGGGAGGCGUUUGAGUGCUUUCGACUCAUGAGCUUGGAAGGCUUGACACCGGAUGAGAUCACCUUCUCCGCCGUGCUGGCUGCCUGCAGCCACAUCGGGCUCAUGGACGUGAGUGUCUCUUGGUUUGCUUGCAUUGGUGGCGACUUUGGGUUUUGCGCGACUGGAGAUCACUACUGCUCCAUGGUUGACAUCUUUGCUCGCUGCGGUAGGCUUGACGAGGCGGCCGAGCUCGUGGAAAGCAUGCCGUUUUGGCCGGGCCAAGUUGCGUGGAGGACGCUUCUCGGCGCUUGCAGGACGCAGGAGCAAAUCAAUCUUGCUUUGGUAGCGGCGCGGCGGGCUCCCGAGGUGGAGAGUCAAGGCGGCCCCGCGGCUUAUCUUCUCUUGGCCAAUCUGCUCUCGCACUCCAGCCAACGAUCACCAGGUCCAGGCUCAUAUCCUCUCCUCGAGCCGGCAGAUCAGCGAUUUCAUCGCAAAAUCACGUUUUCCUCAUGUACGGGGCGCGAGCUUGGGCGAGUGUCUGAUGGAAUUGCGCAGCAUGUCAUGAAACAUCCUGGCCGCGGCGUGCACGCAAACGGGAGAAGUCCACGAGUCGCGCGACAGCAAUGA